UCGACACUCUUCUUUCGCUAUUCAUCGACCGUUCUUUGGGUUUUCGAGGGCUCUUGUGGGAACGUGGGAGGAUUUGUGGGUUCGGGUUCUUGAAUCGGCGUUGAUUGUAUUGGGGUGGGUGUGUGCUGAUUGUUGUUUAUUGCUUGUGUUAAGUCCCGUGCUGGUUGUUGGUUGUCGAGGUUUUUGAGGAGUGGAUAUGAUGGAUACCAGCGGCGUCGGCGGCACUGGAGCUCCGCUUGAUGGGGGCGACUGGAGGGCUCAGUUGCCGCCCGAAUCGCGGGAGAGGAUUAUCAACAAGAUAAUGGAGACUUUGAAGAGACAUCUUCCUGUUUCUGGUCCAGAGGGUUUGCAAGAACUCAAGAAAAUUGCGGUGAGGUUUGAGGAAAAAAAUUACAAUGCUGCAACAGACCAGUCCGAUUAUUUAAGGAAGAUAUCAUCGAAGAUGUUGACAAUGGAGCCAAAGUCUCAGAGUACCAUACCUAAUGCUUUGCCAUCUAACUAACCGUGCUGGGAAUAACAGUGAGGACUCGGUUAUGCAGCCACAAAGGCAAAGCCAACCAAUUCCUAAUUCCUUAGCUGUCGAUUAGCCUCGAGCACUUCUAUAAUUAUCGGUUCAGAAUAUUCAGAACAAUGUUCCUUCUGGAGUUCAGGCUUCCGCCAGACCAUCAUCUGCAUUGCCAUCGGUUGAAACCGUGGAAGCUAGCUUGGGCUCUCUUGGAUUUUAGUUCGCUGAUAUUAAUAGUUGUCAUCUAUUGUAUUAAAGGGUGUGCUUAUUUCGUGAAAAACUACGUGAUGAAGGAAAACAUUUUCCGUGAAAUUCAUUUUCAAGGAAAA